CAGAUUUAAGUAGACAUAUGCAAUCAGAAUGAUAUAAGAGCCGAAAUUAGUCUCAUUUUUUCAUUUUCUUGUUUUUAAAACAAGUAAUGGCGGAUACGGCCCUGUUACAAUAGUUAGACAGGUCAUACAAAAUGGACAAAUACAAAAUCCUUGGAAAAAUUGGCAAUGGUAGCUUUGGAACGGUCUAUAAAGCAUCUAAGAAGGGAAAGAAAUCAGAAGCUUUGGCAAUUAAGCAAGUUCGAUGCAAUGCUCCCGAAAACGUGGAACUUGCUCUUCAGGAGUUCUGGACUCUUUCCUCCCUCCAGCAUCAUCCCAACAUCAUCCGAUUCGAGGAGUGCGUCCAGCAACAUCCAGGUGGAAUGAAGACACUCAAACACGGAGAUACAAACUCCAAUAAUUAUCUUUCGCUGGUGGAAAUGUCAAUCAAAGGCAAAUGUGACAGCAAGCAUAGAAGUGCUAACCUAUGGUUUGUGAUGGAGUAUUGCGAUGGUGGAGAUAUGAACGAUUAUCUUCUAUCACGACUUCCUCUCGCUUCAUUAAACUCAUCCUUCAUGAUACAACUCGCUGACGGCAUCUCGUUUCUACAUCGUAGUAAUGUGGUUCAUAGAGAUUUAAAACCGGAGAAUAUCCUCGUAAGAAAAACUUCCAAAGACGACAAUUCAAUCCCGUUGUUAAAGAUUGCUGACUUUGGUUUAUCUAAGGUUUGCACCACCAAAGAUACCAGCGACACCAAUGUAAACCAUCAAUGGUUUUCAAGUGCUUGUGGAUCUGACUUCUUCAUGGCACCCGAGGUAUUUGAAGGAAGGUACACGGCGAAGGCUGAUGUGUUUGCAUUGGGUGUCAUCUUCUGGUCGAUAAUGGAUCGCAUAACCUUUAUUGACGCCAGCACCAAGAAAGUUCUCCUUGGAACUUACGUACGCCGUGACACAGAGGUUCUACCACUAGGUGAGGUGCUACUCGACGACCCGAAGCUCAACAUCGCUCGUUUAUUGGAAGGAACGUCUCGUCGGAAACCUGUUGGGUUUGUUCGUGGAAUGAACAAGGAAAAAAAGAUGUUGUCUUCUACUUGCGUGGACGGAGAUAAAGAUAGACUAAGGGAAGUUGUUUGUAUGAUGGUGGAUGCAAGUGGUGAUGUGAGACCAACUGCUGAGGAGUUACUUACCAUGCUACAAGAUGUAUUAGUUAACCCUAUGUUGCCAAAUGCUGAAGCUAAAAACAAAGAAAAUGGAAAAAAAAUAACAAAACAAGGAAACAAGAAGAAGAAAGAUGAGAAUAAAAAAGUAGAAGAGAAAUCACCUGGUUGCCAAAACACUCGUACUUUACGAAGAAGUUUGCGCAGAAAGAAAACUCUUCGCACGUGGAAUGAAAUACCUUUGUUACCUCCUAGAACACAUAAGAAUUCUGCCUGUGAUGUCAUAAAGAAAAACGAAAAAACGCCGGAUACCGUUACCACUGUGAAUGACGUUGAUUGUGAUAAACAAUCAACCAUUGUGACGCGUAGCAGGUCAAAGGUCAAGGGUCACGACCCUUUCCAAUUUGCUGUGAAGAAAAGGUGGCUUGUGUACGAUAAACCUAACCAUGGUGAUGAAAAGAGCAAAGCACCGGAUAAUAAAGAAACAAGCGAAGAUAAUAAAGAAACAAGCAAUGAACAAUCAAGUUCGAGAGGGAGAAAUUCUCUAAAACCUUCUCGGACAAAAUUAUCGCUAAAAGACCAAAUAAAAAAUGCUGCCAAAGUAUCUUUAAUAAGUCCUGAACCGACCACGCACACCGGGCUUCGGCGUAGUGGGCGCACAAUCCGAAAACCGGCCAAACUUCGACUCAAGCUUAACUCCCCAACUAAAGUAGACGAGAGGCCAGAUGGUAGUUCCCCUAAUGUGAUCUUGGAUGUUGGUGUUCAGACGAGAAGUAAAGUGAAGUACAGGAGGAAGGGAAAGAUACAGAAGGCUCAGAUUCCAUCCCCGGAUGUAGAUCUUCCAAUCCUCAUCACUCCCCAAAGGAAGACGGCUAUUUGCGCCAAUCAGUGUGGAAAUAACGCAAAGCGUGCUCUCACGACACCUAGUGCUAAAGAAAUGCCGGCUAAACGACAGAAAUUAACCCCGCAACCCCAACUUGGGGCAUCGGGUAACUUUAUUCCUUAUUUACCCCAGCACCCCUUAUUCCCUACCUACUACCUGCCUGGGGAAUACCCCUAUUUACCCCAGGGUUUCAUUGCCCCUGGUUUACUACACCAAGGGGGUUCCCCUUACCCCCUACGAAACGGGGUGAUGCCUCAUAACCCUGCUUACCCCUUCCAACAAGGCCCCAUCCCAAUAUCUAUCCCUAAUAUAGCAGCCCGACCCUAAUUGUUGCUUAUAACUGUGUUACCAUUCAGUGUGUGUUGCAAGUUUUGUUGCUACUAAGUGCGUUACCACUAAAUGUAUCCCAAGAGGGGUCUAAAUAUUUAAUAUGUUGCAGAUAAAGUCGCUUAUAUCUUAAAAAUUGCUCUGUAUUUUCUGUUUUUGGGUUCUUUAAUGAAAUUUAUGCAUUUUUUUCUUUUCAGUGCUAUGACAAAGCCUUUUGUGUUCUUUCUCAAAAAGUAGUUUCUUUUUUUAAUUCUUGUUUACACUACAAUGUGUUUGAAACCAUUUUAAAACUACUUUAGUGAUAUUUCUUUGUUUCUUUUUAAGCUAAAACUGUAAACGAACAAUGAAAUGUCAUUUUUAGUAACUUUUUCUUUAAAAUUAUCUCAUGCUUUGUAUAAGUUGCUAAAUAAUUGCUAUAAUUAAAAAUUAAAUCUAAAAUUUUGCUCAAUUUACAAAAAACGCAACUUUUUUCGAAUCACAUUGUAGUGUAUAUCAAUGAUUUGCUGCUAUGGGUCAAACACGACAUGCAUUAAUACAAUGGUUCUUAAACUUAUAAGUCUCAUAGCACAACCAACCCAUUUUUCCAAUCUCACACAAUAUAUACCAAAACUUUUCGUAAAUUAUAAUUAAGUAAUAAUAGUUUCACAACACCCCAUUACCCCAUGGUACACGUGUUUGGAAAGCCAUUUGGCAAUACAGCAUCAAUCAUCAUACAGAGCAAAAUAUUCAUAUAUGAUUGCCAAUUACUAAUGAAGUUGUUUUUCAUUGUUUGAGAAACUCUACAUUAAAUAGCAUUGCUUACAAAGCAUUACUGUUAUAAACCGUCCAUGGCACAAAUUAAAUGUCUUGAAAUAAAAAAUUCUCGU